UUCCUUGGGUCUUUUGUUUUAAAACCACAAACCCUACUGGGCCACCAAACAAAAUAGAACAUGCUUAAUGAAACAUGAUCCUAUAAAUUUAUUGGAGACCCAAUUUUGAAACCAAACCAGCCCAUGAAAUUUAACAGUUACCUUAUCUCUCGGUGGCAGCUCACACUGCUAUCCCUUGCAAUCAAAUGAUGGUCCCAGAACUCGUUGGAUCCUUAAUACACCAAUGUUCAAAAACCAAGGCUCUAAGACAAGGUCUCCCGCUUCACGCAAUAGCUAUAAAAACAGCAACAAGGUCUGAUGUUAUUGUCUCUAAUCACAUCCUCAACUUGUAUGCAAAAUGUCGCAAACUAAGGGAAGCACGCCAGGUGUUCGAUGAAAUGUCUGAAAGGAAUCUUGUUUCAUGGUCAGCUAUGAUUUCUGGUUAUGAACAGAUUGGAGAGCCCAUUUUGGCACUUGGGUUGUUUUCAAAGUUGAAUAUUGUGCCUAAUGAGUACGUAUAUGCCAGUGUUAUUAGUGCUUGUGCUAGUUUAAAGGGACUAGUUCAAGGAAAGCAAAUUCAUGGUCAAGCAUUGAAAUUUGGGCUUGAUUCCGUUUCUUUUGUUUCUAAUGCACUUAUUACAAUGUAUAUGAAGUGUGGUAAGUGCAGUGAUGCAUUGUUGGCUUAUAAUGAGGCAUUAGAGCUUAAUCCUGUUGCUUAUAAUGCUUUGAUUACUGGGUUUGUUGAGAAUCAACAGCCUGACAAGGGUUUUGAAGUGCUUAGAAUGAUGUAUCAAGAUGGUUUUUUUCCUGAUAGGUUUACUUUUGUUGGGCUGUUGGGGACUUGUAAUAGUCGUGAUGAUUUGAAAAGAGGGGAACUUUUGCAUUGUCAAACUAUAAAGCUUAAACUUAACUCUACUGCUUUUAUUGGUAAUUUGAUAAUCACAAUGUACUCAAAGUUGAAUUUGUUAGAAGAAGCAGAGAAAGCUUUUAGAUCAAUUGAAGAGAAAGAUCUCAUUUCAUGGAAUACUUUUAUAAGCUCUUGUUCUCAUUGUAAUGAUCAUGAGAAAGCUUUGGAAGCUUUUAAAGAGAUGUUAAAUGAAUGUCGCGUGAGGCCCGAUGAAUUUACUUUUGCUAGUGCUCUUGCCGCCUGUUCUGGUCUUGCGUCAAUGUGCAAUGGAAAGCAGAUUCAUGGUCAUUUAAUCAGGACAAGGUUGUAUCAAGAUGUUGGUGCUGGUAACGCCCUUAUAAACAUGUAUGCUAAAUGUGGUUGCAUCGCAAAGGCUUAUUAUAUAUUCAGCAAGAUGGAGCAUCAAAAUCUUGUUUCGUGGAAUACCAUGAUUGCUGGAUUUGGAAAUCAUGGAUUUGGAGGGAAGGCAUUUGAACUUUUUGCUAAGAUGAAGACAAUGGGAGUAAAGCCAGAUUCUGUAACUUUUGUUGGACUUCUAACAGCUUCCAAUCAUGCAGGGCUGGUGGAUGAGGGGCUAGUCUAUUUCAAUUCUAUGGAAGAAACUUAUGGGAUUUCCCCUGAAAUUGAGCAUUUUUCUUGUCUCAUUGAUUUAUUGGGACGAGCUGGGAGAUUAAACGAGGCAAAAGAGUACAUGAAGAAAUUUCCUUUUGGGCAUGAUACUGUUGUUUUAGGUAGCUUGCUGUCUGCAUGUCGGUUGCAUGGAGAUGUUGACACUGGGAAAUGUUUUGCUAGACAACUUCUUAAACUUCAGCCAGUGACUACAUCACCCUAUGUUUUGUUAUCAAACUUGUAUGCUUCAGAUGAAAUGUGGGAUGGUGUUGCAGAGGCCUGGAAGCUGUUGAAGGGCAGUGGAUUGAAGAAGGAGCCUGGCCAUAGUCUGAUUGAAGUGAACGGGACUUUUGAAAAGUUUACUGUAGUGGAUUUUUCACAUUCAAGGAUUGAAGAGAUUAUGGACAUGCUCAAAAUUUUAAGGUGGGCAGCAAUUGAAGUUUAGUUUCAGUCAUAUAACUCGGUCCUUUGAAAGGUUGAAUUGGAUUUGAAGGAUGACAACGACAAUGUGACAUGCAACUGCAUAGCUUCCUUAGCAGAUGAAGAACCUCGUGUAAGCUAAUUUUAUGCAUUUGACGUUUUCUGACUUUCAUUGAUAGAAUUGAUUGCUUGAUCCAGCCUCAAUGCGGUCAAUGUGGCUUAUGGUGAUGAGAAGGGGUUUAAUGGCAUUUUUUUGUCCCUGAACUAUUGAUUUUGUGACAAAUUAAGGUCUAUAUUAUUAAUUUGAUCAAUUUUGUCCUUAAUUUAUCAUAUUAUUCGCUUGUUUGAUUUAACUGUUAUCAUGAACUAAAACCUGCUUUAAAAGGAGUUUAGUUUUUGGUAUUUCGAGCUGAAGUUUUUAUAUGUGCUAAUAAAAGUUCAAUCCACUAUAACUAAUAAUUUCAAAAAAUUUGAAGUCAGAAAGUAUUUUUUUAUUUAUUUCCUAAACAAUAAAAUUUCAAUAAAUUGUGAAAAAAGAAAUUAUGCUGGAAUUAUCUCAAUUUUUUUGGGAGCCCUAAGGAGGUUAUAUUAAUUUAUAUUGGUAAUUUUAGUAUGGUUCUUAAAAUUUGUGUGUGCCUGUGUGGUCCUCAAACUUUGCUUAUUUUAAGCUUGGUUAGAUUGGUUAGGUAAUGUAUUCAACCAUGUAAAUAUUUUGAGAAUCAUACUAAAAAAAAAUUAUAUGAUUUUUUUAGAGUCCCCAACAAAAUUAUGGAUGUUCCAAGUUAUCUUCUAUUUUUUUUUUUUUUGCAAUUUUGUUAAUAUUUAAUGUUAAGAAAAUUAGAAAAUUCUUCUUAACCUACAAAAUGUUUGAAAUUAGAUUUUUUUUUUAACAUUUAUGAAAAUCUUCAGCUCACAAUACCAAAAAAUAAAUCCUUUUUAAAAAGGGUUUUUGGUCAAUGACAUCAGUUAAAUCAAACAGAGAGACAAUAUUUGUUUAAAUUAUGUUAGUUCAAGGACAAAAUUAAUCAAAUUGAUAGUACAUGCCUCAGUUUGCCAUAAACCCAAUAGUUAAGGGUAAAAAAUGCCAUUAAACAGAUGAAAGGUGAAUGUUUUGAAGCUUAAGCAAAGGCAAAAACAAAACAGGCUGCAGCUCAGGUAUCUUGCUUCUCGAAUCAGUGUUUAAUCUGACUUGUGCUUAUCGAGUUGAUGUUAUUUUAUUCCUGAGGAAGGAAGGUUGGGGGCAUCUCACAUGAGCUAAUGCUUGUUGAAAUGUUAAAGCUUUGGAAAAUGACAACCAAACUGCCGGAAAAUGUAGGUUUGGCGUUUGAUGGCGACGAGUUGUUCUAUUUGGCAGAGAGUUGCCGAAUGUGUAGUUGGCGUGAUAGGAUGAUGAAGAAAAUUGUUGCGUACAAAAUCAAUGGAUGAGGGUAUUAGGAAAAGAAGUUCAGCACGUGUAGAUUUUUCUUGAUUGAUCGUAAAGUCAAUAAAUUGCUGCAAGGAUUUUGUUCUUAAUAUGUCUCAGAUGUUGGGGACUUGUCUUGAAAGUUUUGCUUGGAAUUCAAAUAUUUCCUUCCCCUUCACUUCAUGAAGGAGAUGAGAUUGAUUGAAUUUAUUUUUUCUUUUCCAUCUCA